AAGAUAAUUUUAUAGAGAUUUAGUAGAUACUUAAAUUAGCGUGCACUUUUUUGAGACGUGAUGCACUAAUGAGUUUUAGUGGGCGAACGGCCGAAAAAUUACCUUCCGUUCUCAUAAAUGGGAACGCCCGUUCCCAUAUUUGGGAACUCCGUUCCCAAAAAUGGGAACGUUCCUAUAUUUGGGUACUCAUGACCAUAGUUCCACCUACUGACAUGAAACCAAAAAGACUCUUUCUCAUUUUGAGAAAUGAUAAAUUUUAAACAAUAAUUCCAUGAACAUUGCCAGCAGUAAAAAAGAACACAAUUUGCUAUAUUUUGCAUUUUUCACGUGCUGGUUAUAAAACGGAAAAUUUCCGGUAAUUUUGGAACGAUUUUUUUCGUUUUGAACCGUUUUCUUAUAAUAUUUGAUUAUCUGGUUCUGGGAGAUAACCACCAACAUGGAGGAUCGAGAACAGCAGCGUGAGGAGCUGCUGGUCAUGGACAGCAUUUUUGGACAUGAUGGUCUCUUCACGUCAGAUGACAAGCAAAUGAGUGGUAUGAUCAGCGUGUCACCAGAACUGCAGCGGCCCUUGCUGGUGAAACCACCUGAGCCUGACAAGGAGCCGCUGUCUGUGAGCGCACUGCCGCCGAUAUGUAUCGAGUUCACAUUGCCGGAACAGUACCCGCUGGAGGCGCCUCCGACCAACCGUGUCACGUGCAGCUGGCUAACGCCCACCCAGAUGCUCAAGAUCUGGCGACACCUAGUGACGCUCUGGGAGCAGGGCCAAGGCAACACCGUUCUCUACGAGUACACAGAAUUUCUCAGGAACGACAGCAUCGCCUUCCUGGGACUGGAACAUGAGCUGGACGUGUCGUUUUUCGUGGACCGGGCUCGGACAGCAGCGGCAGCGGCCGCCGCCGGUCCGCCGUCGCCCGCCGCCGGCUCCAGCCCACCGCGGAGUCUGAACCGGCGCGCCAGCGUGGAGCAGCUGCGAGCGCGCUACCGGCUGACGCUGCCGGCCUCGGCCAGCGUGCACCGCCUGCUGGAGACGCACCAGCGGCAGGCCGAGGCGGCCGAGUUCGGCCGGCGCCGGUUCCCCUGUAAGGUGUGUGGCGAGGAGCGCGCCGGCUCGGACUGUGUGCGUCUGACGCGCUGUGGCCACGUCUACUGCCGCGACUGCCUCACCGCCUACUAUACCGUGCUGAUCAGGGACGGAGAGGUGCAGAACCUGCGCUGCCCGGAGGACCAGUGUCCCGAGCAGGCUACUCCCAAAGAGGUGCGGGACCUGGUCGGUGACGACCUGUUUGAACGGUACGACACGAUCCUGCUGCGGACCAGUCUGAGCGCCAUGACCGACGUGGUCACUUGUCCGCGGGCUCACUGUCAGAAGCCCGUGGUGCUGGACCCGGGGGACAGCCUGGGACGGUGCGCGCACUGCGACCACACCUUCUGCGCCAUCUGCCAGAACGCCUACCACGGAAACAACCCGUGCGCAGUCAAGAGCGGUGAGCGCCUGGAGCUGGUGCGCCAGUACCGGGUGGCCGGUGCCGGCGAGCGCGCCGACCUGGAGCGGCGCUACGGCCGCCGGCAGCUGCAGCGACUGGUCGAGGAGGUCGACUCGGCCGCCUGGAUGUCAGACCACAGCGAGCGCUGUCCGCGCUGCCGCACGCCGAUCGAGAAAAUCGACGGCUGCAACAAGAUGUCGUGCACAAAAUGCGGCACACUGUUCUGCUGGCUCUGCAACGCGCGCCUGCCGCGAGAGAACCCGUACACGCACUUCAACGUACCGGGCAGCAAGUGCUUCAACCAGUUGUUUGCGGGUGUGGUGGACGGCGCACUGUUGGACGAGGAACUGGGCGCGCUGGCCUUCGACGAGCUGGGUGAGGAGGAAGACUUGCCCAUGGGCUUCUUCUUGUGAGCUGGAAACAAAAGGCUGCUUGGUGGUGACAUGAGCAGCUUCAGUGGAUGCAAACCCGCAAUAUGAUUAGAAGUUUAUGAUCGACAAUAUCAAUUUUUGUUUGCUUAUCCAAUUGGGUAUUGGGUAUCUAUUUAUCGUGUUGUUUUUACUACUAGACCAGGCCAUUAUUUACUACAGCGAGGCGGCGUUUGGGUUCUGUGUAUAGCUUUGUUCGUCUGUAUGGCUGUGUGCAGGGAAGCGGGAGUAUCUUACCACAGGAUGUGGGUCCUAUGGCUGCUGUGGAUUCGAGUCCACCUCUCAGGCAUCGGGUUAUCAGGGCAGGUGUGUGCCAAGGCCAUGACAGAGGACGAAACAAGACUGUCACCAUGUGACAGAACGAGCGGGGUCAUGCUUUGCACCGAGUGCCUUCCUUCUUCUUUCUUGCAAAGGGUGACAUGUCCUAAUAUUAUAGCCCAUAAGCAGUGAGUCGUGCGGUUUUGCAUCGAUUAGCGGUAUUCACAUUGAAUAUAAAGUAAAAGUGUAAAGUAAAGCGUUGUGAAUAUGACGAGUUUCGUUCGUUAACGAAGACUUGCGGCUGUGCAGAAUGUUUCCGUGGUUAGGCGGACGCGCAAGGUGCGCCAUAGUUUCUGUACAUAGAGAACUUGUGUGAACAAAUGAACAAAUGAAUCUGAUCGUUGCA